CAAAAAGCACCUUAAUCGGAUAGUCACAUAACGGGAAUUAUUUAAUACUUACAUAAAUGGAAAAGAGAAUGAAUUACGGUUGGCACUUAUUUGCGCUCAACCUAAUUGCAUGCCUUAUUGCGCCUUCUGAUCAAGCAAGUGCCCCUUGCGCCCUGAGAGAAUAUAAGACUGGACUUGUAUGUGUUUGCAAUGCAACCUAUUGUGAUUACCUGGAUGAUCCAACGCCCAACGAAGAAUAUUUAUUCACAGUUGUAUCAUCAACAAAGUCGGGGCUACGCUUCGAAACAACAAAUGGCUUGUUUAAUCUCUACAAAAAAUAUUACAUUCUCGACUAUGAUCAGCGACUGGACGGCACUAUGCAAGCUUCAACACGAAGUGUGCAGAUAGAAGUUGAUCGUGAGAAACGUUUGCAGAACAUUACUGGCUUCGGUGGCUCAUUUACGGGCUCCGUAAGUUAUAUUCUGGAUAAGUUGCCACAAGAAUUGCAAGAUCAUUUAUAUAAAUCCUUUUACUCGUCAAGUGGCAUUGGUUUCAAUUUGAUGCGUACCCCAAUCGGUGGUUGCGAUUUUGAUUUGGAGGCCUGGGCGUAUAAUGAACUGCCCGAAAACGAUACCGCCCUGAGCAAUUUCACAAAGUUAGAUCCACGCGAGGAGAAAAGAAUUGAACAAAUUAAACGUUUGAAGCUGGUAUCGAAUGUAGAAAAUUUGCGUAUUAAAGCUGCCGCCUGGAGCUCUCCACCUUGGAUGAAAACCAAUAAUGCAUGGACUGGACUGGGUCGUUUGAAGAAAGAAUACUACCGGACAUGGGCUGAUUAUCAUUUACGUUGGCUUGAGUUAUGGGAAGAUAGUGGUUUACCCAUUUGGGCUAUAUCUACCGGCAAUGAACCAUUAAAUGGUGUAGCUUUUAUGAAACUUGUCAAAUUCAUGAGUUUAGGUUGGACUCCAAAUCAGCAGGCGGUUUGGUUGUCGGAGAAUCUUGGCCCCAUAAUACGCACCAAGUACAAAGACAUGCUUAUAUUUGGUAAUGAUGACCAACGCUACACUUACGCCUUCUGGUUUAAGCAGAUGAAAGCCUCGCGCAGCGACUCACUCGACUAUCUUGGCGGGCUGGCGGUGCAUUGGUAUUGGGAUGAGAUUUUCAAACCGAAAUUCAUUGAAGUUGCUCGAAAGGAGAUGCCAGAUAGAAUAUUAAUUUCCAGUGAAUCGUGCAUUGGUGAUAAGCCAUGGCAGAAAGCAGCACCGGUUUUGGGCUCUUGGGAGCGUGGGGAGAAAUAUGCGCGAGCUUUUCUUCAAGAUCUCCAAAAUGAUUUUAAUGGUUGGAUCGACUGGAAUAUUGUGCUGGAUGAAGAAGGUGGACCGAAUUAUGUGAAGAAUUUUGUCGAUGCACCAGUAAUUGCGAAUAUGACAAAUGGUAUAGAAGUUUAUAAACAACCGAUAUUCUAUGCAAUGGGCCAUUUCUCAAAGUUCAUACCAGAAGGUUCGGUUCGUAUCGCCGCGGAACGUACCAAUGUUAACGUGGACACAGUUGCUUUCUUGAGGCCAGAUAGCAGCGUGGCACUUGUAAUCUUUAAUAGUGGCUACGCUAGCGUUGAUGUUCACAUAACGGAUUCCUAUCGCGGCUCAAUCUUAUUCCUAAUACCCCCGAAAUCUAUUCAUACCGUUCUUUACAAAUAAACAGACUGAAUAUUAUUUUA